AUGGCAACGCCACUCGCUGCCGGAGUUCCCUACUGCCCCGCCAACCUGCGGGAGGAUGAAUGGUACAUUAGAGUUGGAAAAUCGUUGUUUCCGCUUGCCUAUUUUGCAGAUAGGGAUGUUCCUCUGGAAGCAGAGCAGAUUCACGUUCUACGCAAGCAGAUGGGCAGUGUUGUGGUGGAACGAGACUCAUCCUAUGUCACGAAAUUUGGUGGCUCAAUCCGUCGAUCCGAGGAGCACGCCAUGAUGCUGGUGGCCAAGCACACUUCUGUGCCUGUCCCAAGAGUAUUUAAUUCAGACAUCAGGGAUGAUUAUGGCCAGAUAACUAUGUCCAUCAUUCCUGGAAAGUCCCUCGACAAGUUAUGGGCGUCCCUGAACGAGGUGACAAAGCUGAAGAUAUGUCGGAAAAUCUGGGGCCUACUUGCCCAACUCCGAAGUAUCCCGCGACCACCAGAGUGCGACGGCCUUUUCCAAUGCUCUGCGGAUGGCUCAAGCUCAACAGACCCACUUCUUGAAGACCUUGGUCCGCCACCCCAUAGACCAAUCCUCACAGAUGAAGAACUUAGGGCACGCAUCUACGAGCGAUACAUCCACUUUGGCGGCCGGCUCUACGAGCAUACAUUGCCAGAUAUGCUCCCGAGAUCGUCACGCUCAGUCUUUACACACGCUGAUAUUGCUCCAAGAAAUAUCAUGGUGGACAAAGAGCGCCAAAUAACAGGGAUCCUUGACUGGGAGUUUGCGGGAUGGUACCCAGAUUAUUGGGAAUAUACCCAAAUGAUGAGACCUGGUGACGAGGUCACCUCUGACUGGCAGAGGUUUAUGGAUCUCACAGCUCCAGAGAAAUGGGAUCUUAGUGGUGUCAAUGCCGUCAGAAAGAUUUUGUUUUGAUGGGGUUUUUUAAAAACAGGUUAUAUCUGAGAUUUUUAAUUUGUCAGUUGGAAAGUUUGAUGGGCAUAUGUGCAAAUGCGUCGGCGUUGGGCUAGCAUUGAUACCCCAAA